GAGGCGAGCGGCGUCGCGUGUGUCGGCGGUGUCUGUGGCGAGGCGGCCCCUCGCCCUCUGGACGCCCCCUCAGCCCUUGGCCGCUCCUCCCGGCGCUGCUGCGAGGCCGGCGGAUGCCAUGGAGAGGGGCCCGGCGGCGCUGCUGCAGCAGCUGCUCUAGGAUGGCUCCGGUGGAGCCCACGCUUGUUUCCCUCCUGCUGUUGGGUCUCCUGGCACUCCAGGCCCGCACUUGCCCAGCCACCUGCCGCUGCUACAGCAUGACCGUGGAGUGUGGCUCUUUGGGCCUCAAAGAGAUCCCAGGCAGCAUCCAUCCCUCCACCCAGACGGUUUUUCUUCAGGACAACGGCAUCACGCAGAUUCACCAGCAAGACCUGGCGUCUCUCUCGGGCCUGCAAUACCUCUACAUGCAGAACAACACCAUCUCAGCCCUGGAGCCAGGCGCCUUCCGCAACCAGAACCGGCUGCUGGAACUGGCGCUCAAUGGCAACCGCAUCCACCUCAUCAACAGCAGCAUCUUUAAGGGCUUGGAGCACCUGCGAGUCCUUUACCUGGCGGGCAACCAGAUCACCCGGCUGCCCGACUUCACCUUCUGCGACCUGGAGAGGUUGCAGGAGCUCCACUUACAGGAGAACAGCAUAGAGACUCUGGAGGACCAGGCGCUGGCCGGUCUGACCUCGCUGGCGCUGCUCGACCUCAGCAAGAACAACCUGCGCACCAUCAGCCGGGUGGCUCUCCGGCCCCUCAUCAGUCUUCAGGUGCUGCGAUUGACAGAGAACCCUUGGCGCUGUGACUGCUCCCUGCACUGGCUGAGCUCCUGGAUCAAGGAAGACGGGCAGCGGCUCCUGAGCCCCCAGGACAAGAAGAUCGUGUGCACGGAGCCCCCUCGCCUGGCCUACCAGAGCCUGAUGGACGUCUCGGGCAACAGCCUCAUCUGCAUCCCGCCGGUCGUGCAGGUGGAGCCCCUGGAAGUGACGGCGCGGCUGGGCGACGACCUGCGCGUUUCCUGCCAGGCCUCGGGCUACCCGCAGCCCCUGGUAACAUGGCGCAAGCUGGCGCACUGGCGGGGGGCCGGGGGGGCCAAGGCCAGCGGCUCCCGGCUCCCAGGCGGGACCUUUGCCCUGAGCGAGCGCAGCGUGGGGGAGCGCUUUGAGCAGUCGGACACGGGCAGCGGGAUGCUCUUCCUCAACAACGUGACGGUGGCCCAUGCCGGCAAGUACGAGUGUGAGGCUUCCAACCCGGGUGGGACGGCCCGGGUCCUCUUCCACCUCAUGGUCAACCUCUCACAGCAGCAACAGCAGCAGACGUCGCGCGGCUACCCGGCCUCUGUGGACAUCAGCCAGGAGCCCCUCUAUGACAUGGAGAGCAUGGACUUCAACGCUCUCAGCAUGGCCACGCAGACGGCCAUCGCCGUGGCCAUCUCCCUCCUGGCCCUGGUGGCCCUCCUGCUGGUGAUCAUGAUCUACCGCAAGCACCGCAAGCGGAAAAAGGCCAAAAAGGAGGAGAACAUCCUCUACGUCAACGACUACUCGGAUGGGCCUACCACCUUCGCCCAGCUGGAGGAGUACCGGGACGAGAGGGGCCACGAGAUGUUCGUCAUCGACCGCAACAAGCCCCUCUUCGCCACCUACAAGGACCCCCAGGGCCUGGUGGGAACCUUCCCCGAGCAGCUGCAGGAUCAAGCCACCCAGACCUUGGAAGGGGAAGACGACGGCCCCCCGGAAGCCAGCGAGCUCUUUGUCAACCAGGGACUCAUGUUCCAGCCUCAGAUUGCUUACGAAAUCCACUGCUGAAGGAUUUUGGGCAGGCGGGGAGAGCCCACAAGCAAGGUGCCCAGGAAACCUUUGGGGUGGGUGGACUCCCCCUCCCCCUGCCCCCUUAGGGGAGCUGCUUCCUUGACCUUUCACCUCCGCCCCGGCCUUCCCGAUAGGUCUGCCUUCUCUGCGGUUUAAGGUGAUGCAGGAGUGGAGCCCACGAUGCUUCGGUGACCGUUAGUGGCACCCAAUGGGGAGACGGGGGAUUUCUUUCUAAGUCUCUCCCCUGGGAGCAAUCUCACUCCAUAGUGGCACUCCCUCGGUCUCUCUGGAGCUUCCCGGAUGCUCUCCGCAAAGACAGGAGAGCGGUUCAAGAGGCCUCCGCAAGAAGGCCCAUUCAGAAAGUGUUACAGGCGGUGCUAUUUUUCUAGAAAAAGAGGGGCCGGAACUCACCAUGAAAACAACCCCCGUUCUCUUAGAAUGGCAACGGUGCCCACCUGAGAGGUGCAGGAACCGAGUUCCAGCGAGUUCCCCCUGGAAAAACUCUGGUUAUGGGGUACCGAACUGGUGGCCACUGAUGGACAGCAACAGGCCGCAACCCUUGAUUUAUCCCAGUCGCCCCCCAAUUUGCCCUCCAAUGUGUAUCCUGUGGUUGGACAGAAGGAAUUUGACUACUCAGUGAAUGAAAGAAAAACCACUUCCUAGGCGUAAGUUUGGUCUCUUGACAAGAAGCUGAUGGAAUCCAUAAAAGUCAUACACAGUCUUGACCACCCUGUUUCCCCCCACUCUUUCCCUGACCUUCAACUGACACUGUGGAGAUGAAGCCGGGCGGGGGGCGCGGCGGGGUACACCUUCCGAGAACAGGGAGAGCUUCUCCGGCCAGAGGACAAGUGUGACAUUUGUUUUCCAAUUUGGUGUUUUGUUUUUGUUUUUGUUUCGUUUUAAGGAUGAAGGAAAACAUACUGUGACAAUCACAAUGAGUUGAACAGCUCCACUGUAUUUGUAAGUCCCACAGGUAGACCCCCCACCCCUCACCUGCACAGCCACCCCACCCCCCUUUUCUGGUGCUACACAACUGUGGUUUUGCAGGAACCUUGAAAACCACAGGAAAUGGGGAGGUACCACCAGGCUCUGCCAGGAAAAUGGAAAUGGCAGGGCCGCAAAGCGAUCUGAGCAAACGAGAAGCCAAUAAAAUGUAGCUGGUGCCGGGGGGGUGCCAAGGACCAGCAUUUCA